AUGACAUUCACUUUGGUAGUCGCCUUCUUAAUGUUAGUCUGUACGGAAUACUUAGGACUAUCUCUUUAUAUUAAUGAUAAUGCAUUUGGUAAUGGACUUUUCAUCUUAACUGGUAUACAUUUUAGCCAUGUUAUUGUUGGAGCUAUCCUUGUAUUCUUCACUCAAAGUAUCUAUAGUUCUUUAGUUACUUACAUGCCUACAAGCUCUAUAAUGCUAAGCAAAUCUAAAGCUGUCUUAAGCAGUCCAGUGGGGGUGGUGGUGUACUGCAAUCAUAAAGAACUUGGUUGUCUGUAUCUCAUAACCGGAGUCAUCUUCAGUAUUCUAGGAACUAUAAUGUCUUUGUUUAUUCGAUUUGAGUGA